UCCCACGUGCCGCAUGAUGAAAUCAAAAUUCGUCAAUACUUUCCAAUUUGUCAUAGAUCGAGUGACCAAAGCAGCUUGGAAGCAGUUGCUGAACUUUCAGAUUGGAUGGCUACUUGAUUGAGUUACUGAACUUUUUCUUUUCUGAAACAAGUUGAGGUAUCGAAGCAACAUCAGCAACCUCAGAUUCCUAUCUCUGCUUUGUUUGGUUACGUUUGUGACCAGGAUUCACUCCUCCAAAACGGGCAGAGAUUCAGGAUGGGUCGUUUAUCAGAAGCAGCAUCCAAUGUACGUACGGCAGGGUGUCUGACUGACCGACGGAGCAGAUGAACAUGAGUUGCUCUUGGAACAGAUUAAUCUUCAGAGCACUGACGAAUAACCUCUAUCUGCGCUGCUGCUCACAUUUUUGCUACCUACCAUACGACGUGCGGCGAUUUUCUGCCAUCCCCUGCAACUUUGCGUGGAGUUCCCGCGAUGCAGACGGUCCUGGCAUUUCCACGGUGGAGUACCUGAUCAGUUUCUCUAUUUCUCUGGGGCCCGGGCAAGACGAAGUACCCGAUCAAUGGAGUGGAUCACCCCACCACCACCUGUGUGCGGCUGUGGCCGUGCUCCUCCUCCGCGCGCACCCCAUGUGCCACCGCCGAGCUAGUCAGACAUAGGCGCCCGCCGAGCGCCGUGUGGACGCAAGCUCACACACUCACAUGCCGUUGUCGUCGAUCCCUGCCAGACGGCCCGCCGCCUGGACCAUGCAGGCAUGCAUGGGCUGCCCCCGCACUGCCAUGCUCAUGCCCCCCUUCACCUGCGUUGUCCCCAGUGCUUAGGCUACUUAUCCCAUUCACACUCACACUUCAGUCUCAGUUCAUCACUGAAUAAAUAGCCACACCUCCAUUCUUGUACCGCUCGCCAAGCCCCAUGGCGAAACCAAGAGCAGCCCCGGCGCUCCUCUAUUCUCUCCUCCUCGUCCUUGCAGUCCUCGCCCUGGUCUCCGGCGCCGGCGCCGGCGCUGCCGCAGGAGCACCGCCGAGGUGCAGGCGUGCGGACCUGGUGGUGCGGCAGCGCGCAACGGGGCGAACGGUGGAGGGGAAGCCGGAGUACGCGGUGGAGGUCCGGAACGCAUGCCGAUGCGCGCAGUCCCGCGUGGUGCUGCGCUGCUACGGCCUCAGCAGCGUGGAGGCCGUGGACCCGCGCGCCAUCCGCGCCGUGGACGGCGAGCGGUGCCUGCUCCGCGGCGGGAGGGCCCUUGCGGCGCGCGGCGGCGCCGUGCGGUUCACCUACGCGUGGAUGACGCCGCAGGACUUCCCGCUCCUCAGCUCCCAGGCGCACUGCUAGCUCGCACUACUAAUUUUUCGUCAGAAAUUCAAAGGCACCGGCCGGCUGAGUUGCAAGUGUAACUAAACGAGUUUGAUUAUGUUGAAUAUGUUCAUUUCUUGAGCAUUUUCUUCAGGUUUGGUGUAAAUUUUGUUUUGCUCUGUUGUACGGUUCUGAUUGCACUGCAUUUCUGUAGGCGUGGUAAUUAUUUUGCCAUAGAGUUUUCUUUUC